GUUAUAUUCCUGCUGCUCAGCAUUCUUCUUCCAUAGAGAGAGUGAUCUGCCGGGUGCUGCUGGUCGGAGACAGUGCGGGCUGUGUUGCUGCUGCUGGGACAGCAAUGACUUUCCGACGGCUGAAGAAGCUUCAUCACAAGGAGGACUAUACUUCUCCGCUGGACCAGACGAUCUACCGGGAAAGGGACAAGGCUGACUCUACCUACAUGGCCCUGGAGUCAUACAGGACGGAUGACAUGUACAAGGCGCUGAUGGUCUCCGGCGGGACCCUUCCUAGAGCUAAGAAGGGUUCCCCAAUGGGCUGGAGGAACAUUAGCCAGACAUCUGAACAUUACAGAAAAAUAGUUCCUUUGGAGAAGGAAGAUUCUGAAACUUUUGGGUUUGAAAUUCAGACCUAUGGAUUGCACCAUAAGGACAAGAAUACAGUGGAAAUGUUUACAUUUGUCUGCCGGGUACAUGAAGGAAGCCCCGCUAUGUUGUGUGGCCUGAAAGUUGGUGAUAUAAUUGCUGGAGUUAAUGGCCUCAAUGUGGAAGGAAUCAGGCACAAGGAAAUUGUAGAGCUGAUAAAGGUUUCUGGGAAUAAAAUAAGGCUGGAGACUGUUUAUGGAUCUUCCAUCAGAAGAGCGGAAUUGGAGGCCAGACUCCAGUAUCUAAAGCAAACUUUGUAUGAGAAAUGGGAGGAAUACCGCUCACUUAUGGUGCAAGAGCAGAGACUGCUACAUGGCAUUGUCGUGAAGGACCCCAGUGUAUACGACACAUUGGAAUCAGUCAGGUCAUACAUCUAUGGGACAGUGCCUCAAUGCACCAAAGAAGUUCUGCCAAGCUCCUUGCCAACUGGAAGUAUAUGCAGCAGUGCAAGUUGUUUGAGUACUGCUGAGGACAAUGAGGACGCUGUGUAUCAGACAUGCUACUUCAGCUCGGACUCUAUAGAUGAAAUUAACAUUCCCAACAAAAACGCACUCAAGCCUUACAAGUCACCACUAACUCGGAGCUCAAGUGUAAAGUGUGCAAGCCCUGCAACGAACUGGGAUAAGCCAAAAGAGCACAAUAACUUUGUGUCAUUACCCAGGAAAAAACACAAAAGCUUUCGCAAAAGACUCCUAAAGUUUAUUCCUGGACUAAACAGAUCAUUGGAAGAGGAGGCCAGUCCUCUUUAGCACCUCUUUAUAUGAACAGUUAAGUUAUUUAUUUAUUGUUUUGCAGAAAAAAAGUGUGAAUUUGUAUUUACUUUGUUAAACUUUAUUGUAAAAACUUUAUUACGUUUGUUUUUCAUUAAAAUGGUUUGGCGAAUCUAAGGGUGCCAAACUCCAGGAUUUUCUAUAAAAAUGCAUGUGUUCUUCCAAUAGCUCAAGUGGUUCAAAGGCUUCUCAAGAUACCGGAGCCAGCAGGAAGCUGCCACACAGUGAAGCGUUUUGUUCUAGUUCCCGUUCUGCUUUGUGCCAUAACUGAGGCUCUCCUGAUGCUGCAAGGGGAA